ACUACUGGAUCAUGGUGAUGGUCGUCCUUCUCCUCAUCGGUAUCGUCUUCUUCAUCAUCGGCAAGUUCAGCCCCUACGAGUGGGGAAACGUGGCCGCCGACAAGGACCCCCGCGGCGCUCGCAACAGCUUCACGCUACGGAACAGCUACCUCUUUGCCCUCAGCACCCUCACCUGGCAAGUUCCUGGUCAUCGAGAUUGUCCACUAUGCCGUGACCAAGAAGGGCAAGAAGAUCCACCGACCCGCCCUGCUGAAGAACCCACCCAAGAUCUUCAAGCCCAAAUCCGCCAAGGCCGCCAAAGAGGUGCCCACCUCCGAUAUCGAGGCUAGUGACGAGGCCGGCCCAUCCUCUGACGGACUGGAGAGCGUGCCCCUAGACGACACCCUCUCUGCCGAGGCCACCGCCGAGGAGGCAGUCGAGGGCGAGAGCGGCCAGAAGGCCGAGGUUUAAGGCCCGAGCCACUCUAGGAUUUUCCAAUAGCUAUUACCUACUUGCCAUGUCGUCGCGGAUUGACCCAGUUUUAGAAGGGCGCAUACAGAAUGCGCCCACGUUGGGGACAUAUCUAGAAACUUCUAUCAUUUAGUCGUUGGGAGAGCAGGCCAGAGUUUAUUAUCUGUGAUGAUGACGUCACUUUGCUUAGAGAAAGAAACAGAGAGAUAUAUAUAUAUUUAUAGAAAGAGAGAGAGAGAGAAGAAUCGGAUAGAUAGAGAGAGAAAAUAAAAAGAAUUGUGAAAGAAGUAAGGGUGAGUGAAGACCUAGCUCACUGAAGGCUGGCCCUGGUCGCAGACCUAUGCCAGUACAUAAUGGUCCGUACAAAAUAGUACAUAACAUUCAGUACAUAGCGACCAGUACAUAAGAGCUAGUACAUAACAUUCAGUACAUAGCGACCAGUACAUAAGAGCUAGUACAUAACAUUCAGUACAUAACGGUCAGUACAUAAUAGUACAUAACGACCAGUUCAUAACGGCGAGCUUCCAUUCCGUAGACGCCUCGAUGUGAUCACCAAGAACGCCUGUCUACACACUCCAACCGGUUCCAUAUAACUAUAAGCAUAAUAUCCAGUUCAACCUCCCGUUACCUCAACCGUUCACAAAACCACCGAGACAGUUUUGAAACACCACAUCAUGGCAGAAACAGUUAAGUAACAUCAGAACUCUAAGCAAAAUUUAUAUCACAGCCCUCAGAAACAUUUUGACCACCAGAGUUGAGUACCAAGUAUCAAGUACCAAGUAUCAAGUACCAAGUAUCAAGUAUCAUACCUCGCCACUCAGGUUAAGUAAGUAGCCUAACAUUCGGGCACAGAACACAGUGAUAUCCACAAAUUUUAAUCUUUCCCCCACCGCCACCCUCGAAGCUAACGAACGAACAAACGAACGAACGAACGAAAGAAAUAAAGAACAAAAGAACAUAAACGUCUGUUUGGAGCGAUAUUUGACAGAGGUACAAAAAAGCCCCUGGAAUUAGGAGAUCAUGUCUCGGCGGUGGUGGGGGUGGUGGUGGUGGUGGUGGUGGUGGGGGUGGUGAUGGUAGUGAAGUUGUUUUUUUUCUUCCAGCAGACUGUAGACCUGGUCUUGCUUUCUCCUCCAUUCUGGCAAAGUUUGAGGAAAGCGUUUAUCAUUCUCAUCACAAUGCAAUAUGUAUAACAGACUACAUUAAUUUUUGUUUUUGUUUCGUUCCUCGAUCGUUUCGUUGUGGGUUUUUUUUUCUUUGUACAUAAAAAUACGUCAUACUACUGUUGUUACUUUUAUUACAAUAAUUCUUCUUCCUCUCAGAUCUUCCUCUAGCCAAGGUGUUCGUUGUCAGUGGAAAGCUUAGGGUGAAAGGCAUCAGUUGUGUGUGUGUGUGUGUGUGUUGUGUGUGUGUGUCACGGAAUGACCUUAGAGUUUCUGGGUUUUUUUCCAAGAAAACCUUUGCGUGUGCGCCGGUGUGCAACAGAUGUGUGAGCUUGUGUCGUUAUUUUUCUGUUUUUGUUCUUGUUUUUCGUUCCCUCAACAGUUCGGCCACUGUCCAAGCCACUUGCAAUUUCGGACCUCUUUCUGGACAUUUUUGUGUUUUUCUCGGUGUUUUUUUUUCUCACUAACUCAUUCCACGAAGACUUUUAAUUCGCAUCAGUCUUUUAUUUCGUUUCGUAUGUUCUAUUUUCUUUAUUUCGUUCCGUUAUAAUUUUGAAUGCAAGUGCAAGUUUUUGACAUGAAUAUUGCUGACCUCUAGUGCUGAGUAUUUUUCCGCUUCUUUCGAGAGGGCAAAAAAGUGGUUGUUGUUUC